AUGGGAGAUGCUGAAGCAGGCAAGAAGAUCUUUAUUGAAAAAUGUGCUCAGUGCCACACAGUGGAAAAAGGUGGAAAACACAAGACUGGUCCAAAUCUCUGGGGCCUUUUUCUGAUGCUAACAAAAACAAAGCCUUACAAAUAUAACUAUACAAACUUAAAACUUAUUUUCACCUUUAUGGGUAUUAUCUGGGGGGAGGAAACUCUGAUGGAAUAUUUGGAGAACCCAAAGAAAUAUAUCCCUGGAACUAAAAUGGUUUUUGCUGGUCUUAAAAAGAAGAGUGAGAGAGAAGAUCUUAUUCAGUAUUUGAAAUGGGCAACAUCUUCAUGA